CUAAUCGGAUUAUAGGGGCAGAAUUAUGCAGCGCACGCGUCUAUUCCUCCUUUUAUCUUUUGGGAUUGUCCAGCGCUUCUCUCGCUGCUGUUUGCUGGGAACGUGAAAGUAACUUUUCCAGGAAAGAAGUUGCGACAGUCGGAAAUGUUUCAAGAACUGCAAAUAAUUAUUCUUGGGGAUUUUUGAGAGUCUCCGGGAGUUGCUACAAUGGCAUCCGCAAACGGGGUUACGAAGGAAAUCCUUGACAUGAGUCUAUCAAAUUAAUAUACUCAGGAAUUGGACGAUGUGCACCUACAAGAAGUGAGGCAAUGACGUCGCAGACACUUCCCAGGAGAUCUGAACCACGGUUUUGCGAUUAAACCUCAAAAUUCCGUAUUUUAUGUGGCAUACAUGACUUCAAUACAUCUCAAUGCAGCCCAAAGCGACCGGGGGGAGUUUAAUCCGCACGAUUUGAGCUUUUCAUUCUCCAGGAGUUAAAUGGUUCUGAUAACAGACAGCAGGGAUGGUGGAGGCUCAUCUCCUAGAAAAGUUAAACCGGUCAAACAGACUGCAAGUAUCGACAAACCCGCUCAGAUCUUCCCGACUAUCGUGGAGGAGCCACCUGAUCGAGAUGAUAAUGGGGAUGAUGUGUGUCUCGGCUCGUGCGGGGGGGACGGUUACGACGAGGAAGAUUUCGAAGAGUUGGAUGAUUUCGCUGACCUGCCGGACACCAGGAGCAUCGCUUCGGAUGACUCCUUUUAUCCACCGGACGGUGACUCAGUAAGAUCACCUUCACCGGAGACUCCGCCACCGCUGUCGUUUUACCAGGCGUGUUUCAGCAACAACGCGUUUACAGUCAAAAUUAUGAUUAGACAAGGCGUUACAGAGGAGGAGGUUCAGGAGACGGACAAAAACAAGAGAACUGGACUAAUAGUGGCAUGUUACCAAGGUUAUGUGGAUGUAGUGAUCGCUCUUUCCCAGUGUCCUUACCUGGAUGUCAACUGGCAGGACAACGAGGGCAAUACAGCCCUCAUCACCGCAGCUCAGGCAGGUCACAUCACAAUCUCAAACUACUUACUCAACUACUUUCCCGGGCUUGAUAUUGAGAAAAGGAACUGCCACGGCUUCAGCGCGCUGAUGAAAGCUGCAAUGCAGGGUCGAGUGGAAUGUGUCAAAGCCCUGAUGUUGGCAGGAGCGGAUCUCGACGCCAGAGACAACGGAAGGAAGUUCACUGCAUACGAGUGGGCCAUCUUCACGAGCCGCUUUGAGACUGCCUUCGCCAUAACCCGACUGAUGCAGCAACCGUGUCCCGAGCAGUUCUCUGACGCAUAUCAACCCGAGUGGCCGCUUCUGCACGCUCUCGUGGCCAAAGCUCAGGCACCUAAAGGCUGCAUUCAGAAGAUAUCAGAGACCCUCCGGAACUUCUUUGACAUCAGUAAAGUCACUGAGGCUUCGGAGGACGGGGUGCUAGAUCACAUGGUGCGCAUGACAACAGCCCUGGGAAGCCCGUUCAUCGCGACUGCGUGCCGAACGGUGUGUCCCGGUAGCCCACCAUGCGUGGGAAAACGGCAUUACUCUGUUCAGGAGAUGUUAAGAAAGCAACGAAUCGAGCAACUUAAAGGUCUCGGCCCAGAGCGCCUUGAGAACUACAAAAGACUUUUCCAGAAUUCACAGGUCAUGCUGAUACCUAAACCCAAAGAUCGGCGUUCAAGUCUGCAGCCCCAUUCCCGUACAGAUGACUCUCUAGCCCACCGGAGAGGGAGUCUGCUGCCCCUACACCUGCUCAGGAGGAGCAGCGUGAGACCAGGUCUGGUGGUCCCGAAGGUUAGAAUUACCAAGGCACCUACUCCCACCUACGUGCCGGAGAAAGUGCGCCGGAAGAGCAGCUGUAAAGACGGACAGUUCCUUCAGAUCCCUAAGUGGAGAUAUAAAGAAUUGAAAGAAGAGCGGAAGAAAGCUGAGGAAGCGGAGAGGAGACGACUGGAAGCUGCAACAAAGCGACAACUCUCUACAGGAAAAAGGAAAUAACUGUGACUUUUAAUGUGGGCUUAUACUUGAAAUGCUAUUUUGAUGUUGGAUGCAAAUAUAUUUUCUUAUUUAUUGUUUUUUUUUAAAGAUUUUUUUAAAGAUUAUGCUUUAAAAUGAGGUAAACUAAGUGGUUUAAUGUGGACCGACGAACUUUAAUCCCUCUAUAAAGAACUACACAUCAGCAAGGCAGCCAACCACAAAGCUCUCAGAUAAACUACUUUUGUUUGUUUACAUAUUCAAAAAGGAGGUUCUUACAACUACAAUCUGGGUUGUUGAAACAGCAUCAUGAAUGUAUUUAACAAAUUCAACAAAUGUACCGUACCACAUGGAACCUCGCUUUUAAGCUCUUUUCCAGUUUGCACAUGAUCCAGGGGUGUUCAUUUCAGGGUCCAGUUGGAGAACAGAACACCCAACAAGGUUGUAUUGGUUAAUUCAUAAAAUAACAAGAGAAGAGUCAUCAAUGAACAACACUUCCACAGCAUUUAUUAAACCUAGUUCAUGCUUAUUUCAGCAUACAAAGAAUCCAAAGUGGUAACAGCUAAUGCACAGUGAACUCGCAUGAAGAAUUGUUUUGGCAUUACUAACAUUAAGAAAGAUUAAAGGAACAGUUCACCCAAAAAUGAAAAUUCUGUCUUCAAUUGCUCACCCUCAAGUGGUUCCAAACCUGUAUAAAUUUCAUUGUUCUGGUGAACACAGAGAAAGAUAUUUAGAAGAAU